AGCUACUUGGAUUGUCUUUGUCUCAAUGUGCACCACUGUAUCACAAAUCACUGGUCUGCAACGACUGACACCUUUCUCGGAAGACUUUUUCCUGCAUUUUCAAGCAGUUCUUUAACUGCAAACCAACAGAGAAGAUGCAUCGUAUACUAGUUAAGUUUUUCUUCAUAGUAGUUCUCCCCAGGAUAAGCCAGCAGGGGGAUGGCUUCACCACUCCCAGUGCAGCCUGGUUGGAAUAUCAGAGGGAACGUUUUGGUAUUAGUAACCCCCUGAUGGUUAGCUCUACCAAGGCACCCAUCUUAAAUGUAGAUGUGGUGACUCCAAAAGUGGAGACCACAUCCAGAAGGCAUUCCUCGUCGCACACAACCGAAAACUCAAGUCAGGAAUCUAACGAGGAACAGACCACAGAGCAGCCAUCGGAAGAUGACGAAAUGGGGCCCAGUCUUAAAGGAUUUUUAAAGUUUCUUAAGAACAUGCAGAAAACAUGGGUUAAGAAAUCAGCUCUAACUUUUGAGCAUAAAAUAAAGCUACUUCAGAACUUACGCGACAAUCUCAUGCGAUUGAUAGAGCAACAGUUUGCAGUCCUUUGGCAGCCACCAGAGCGAAAAAGGCGACGUCGACGCGGUUUACUGGAUGAUUCGGAAAUAGAUUUUCCGCCUGAGGCAGCAAUCAUGAGCAUCAACUUCUUGACAUUCGCUGUUUUUCUCAUCAAACUCGUAAUGCAAGUGGUGAACGUUGUGAAAAGCAAACAUUAUACACUUUCCGGAUUUAGCUUAGUACCGGAAGCUAACACACGUUCGUAA